UAUGCAAUACACUUUCACAGUUAACAAGUAGCUACAUAGAAUAUGUGUGUAGAUGCGUUAGUCCUUGAGUACAAUGUUCGAAGAACAGUGCACAAUAUGCUCACUUAAGUACCGACUGUUACACAGCGCGAGUACCUAGUCACACAGAUAUAUAUCAUGAGUCCGUGUGUUUCGACGAGCGGUUAAUAGAAGCAACAGUUUAAAAUAUUAUAAAGUUCGUUUAAAUUUUUUUUUAAAUUGUUUUUUUCGGCGUUAACUGCAGCAGCUUUUUUACUAUCAUAAUAACCGAUGACCUGCACGUAUAUCCGAUAAUAACUACUAAGAUGAUUGAAAAUUACAAUUCUUUCAUGAUGUAAUUUUUUUUCUACUACUUUCACACAAUACUGAUGCAUCGAUGCGAAGCUUAUAAAGUCAAGCUGUAUUAAUAAAUUUACCACCUGUUCUGCAGUUUUAUCAUGGAAAUGGCGACAAAUACAGAAAAUAAAACAAAUAUAGAUGAAAACAACCAAGACUGUACAACCAUCUCUUUCGAAACUCACGGGCCCCAUUUAAAACUUUGGCCCCUGUGCCUCAACCCACGUACACCAUACUCGUGUUAGCAGACCAAUUAAAUAUAUGUUACCUAUUGAUUUACUACACAUUAUACAAUGAAUAGUUGAAGUACGACUUUAAUCAGACUUGGCUUUACUUAAAAGUUAAAACUGAGAAGAUUAAAAUACAAGAAAUAUUACACAUGAGAAAAUAUAUUAUGCUAAUCCAUAAUAUUAUUAUUGUUUCAUUUAUUUUUAACAUUUUGACGAAUGUCACAAAUAUACACAAGCUGACGAGUAAGCUGCCUAACUGCGCCAACUGUGUGGGUACUCAUCCGAAGGUGUGCAUAGAAGGAUUUGAAAAGACCAUGAAUUUGCGUUUCCCGCGAUUGUUGAUCAGCGACAACAAACAAUUAGCGGUGAAAUGUCUGUGCCACGCUGUGGUCUUGGCUUAUAUAUUGGCUGCCAUACACCAUUGGUAUUUGAGCGACGUAAAAGACAUCGGUUGGAAAAACGGACUGGGCCUUCUGAUCGUCUUGGCCACCUGUUAUUACGGUGUGCUGCCAGUAAAAUACAUGUUCACAUUGAUACAUGCAGGGAAACUCGUGAAAUUAUUGCCACUCGAGCACUUCAAAAUCGGAGUGCUGUGCACUUUCUUGGGGUCGUUUGUUUUAUUCAUUUUCUUCGACACAAAAAAUAACCGGCACAGGCUGGUGCCGUUGGCCGGACUUGGCGUGUUCGUUCUUGUCGGGUUCAUAUUUUCCAAACACCGUGGUCACGUGAAUUGGACCACGGUCGCGUCCGGUCUAGCCACGCAGAUAACCAUAGGAAUGUUGACCAUCCGAUGGCAGGUCGGCCGAUCCAUAGUCCAGGCUGUCGGAGAGUUGGCCGAAAAGUUUUUCUCUUUUGCCUACGUUGGAGCUAAGGUGACGUACGGAAAUGAGCUAAUCGACAAUUAUGGUGUAUUCGCGUUUAAGGUGCUUUCGGUGUUAUUCUUUAUGUGUUUUGUUAUUGAAAUACUAUUUUACUAUGGGAUCAUACAGACAAUAGUCAUAAAAUUAGGAUGGUGCUUGCAAAAAUUGCUGGGAACGACAGCAGCCGAAUCAGUCAACACCUGUGCUAGCGUGUUCUUAGGCAUGUCUGAAGCGCCUAUUAUCAUUAAACCGUAUUUACCUGAUCUAACAGAAUCAGAAAUCCAUGCCGUUAUGAUGGGAGGAUUUUCAACAGUAGCAGGAACUGUUUUCGCGGCGUACACGUCGUUUGGCAUUGAUCCGGCCUACCUAAUUACAGCAUCGGUCAUGUCAGCUCCAACUGCGCUAAGUUUCUCCAAACUGAUUUUUCCAGAAACUGAAAAAUCAAUGAAUAGCGUGGAUCAGAUAUGUACUAAAAAGACUACCGACGAGGGUAACGUAAUGGACGCGGCUUGUAAAGGGGCCCAGUUUGGAUUGAAAAUAAUUGGAGCGAUUGUCGCCAACAUAGUGGCGUUCGUGUCGUUCGUGGCGUUCAUCAACGCAAUAAUAUCGUGGUUGGGACAUUUAGUCGGGCUAGAUGACCUAACAUUCGAGUACGUACUGGGCAAGAUUUUGAUACCCGUCACUUGGCUGUUGGGAGUCGAUCCUAGCGAGUGCGAAGCGGUCGGUAAAUUGAUCGGAUUGAAAAUGACGAUCAACGAAUUUGUGGCGUACAAACAAAUGGGCGAUCUGAUCAAAGAAGGCAAGCUUAACCGCAAGUCGGAGAUCGUCGCCACUUUCGCUUUAUGCAGUUUCGCCAAUCCCGGAUCGAUUGGCUCGAUGAUUGCCACGCUGACGACUUUGUGUCCGACACAGCGAUCGGCAAUAACCAAAAAUGUGUUUAGGGCAUUUCUUGGCGGCACGGUCACUUGUUUUUUAACGGCGGCGAUUGCUAGUUUACUAAUGCCCGACGAAGGAUUAAAAGACUAAAAGUAAUAAUUUAUCAUUGUAAUUUUAUUUUUGUACGUAAUUUUUUUUUAGAUAAGUACGUGUGAUGUUUUAUAUUAUAAUACCUACAUAAUAUUAUGCAUAUAUUUAUCUAUCUUGUACACUAUAUAUUUUAUUAUUGUUAUGAAAAUUGUAUCGACGUAAGUCUCAUUAUAUUUUUUUAAGCACGACUAUUUUAUAUUGUUAAAUACAUUAUUAUAACAUAUAGGUACUUUAUUGAUAAUAUUAUUUAAGUAUAAAUAUACGCAAUGUUAAUAAUAAUUAAAGAUUUAUAUAUCUUUUUUAUCAAAAUCGAUGGCAUGAAUAUAUAUAUAUAGCGUCCUGCCUGGUGUUUCCCGUACCAAUGAUUUGAUUUUUAUACUUAAAUAUAUUUGUAAAAUAAUGUACCUAAUAAAUAAUAUUAUUAUUUGUAUUAUAAUUUAGGUACCUACCGUAUUUCUACUUAUUUUAAUAGUAAUAUAAUAUAUGUAUAACCAAUGGAAGCCAUUUAAAUAAACAAAAAAAUUAUUA